AUGGCCGUCCUCAACUACUCUUCGUCCUCCAAAAUCAACCCCAAAUACAAGGCUAUCUUUGAUCAGCUCGAUCUCCAGUUCGACAACAAGGGUGUCUUCAACGGCACCUGGGGUGGAUCCGGUCCCAUCGUUGAGUCCGUCAGCCCAGCAGAUGGAUCCGUCAUCGGACGUGUUCAAACCGGUUCGCCCCAAGAUCUCAACGAAACAUUGAAGAAGAUGGAGGAGAUCAAGGUCAUGUGGCGCGAGACUCCUGCCCCCAAGCGUGGAGAGAUCGUUCGUCAGAUGCGUGAUGCCCUCAACGAGAAGUUGGAACCCCUCGGUGCGCUGGUUUCGUUGGAGAUGGGCAAGAUCUUGCCUGAGGGUAAGGGCGAGGUCCAGGAGUACAUCGACAUCUGCGACUUUGCUCUCGGUCUCGGUCGCACCUUGAACGGUCAGGUCGUCCCCAGUGAACGUCCCGGACACUUCAUGAUUGAGCAGUGGAAUCCCAUCGGAACUGUCGGUGUCAUCUCUGCCUUCAACUUCCCCGUGGCCGUCUAUGGAUGGAACUCGGCCAUUGCUCUUGUUUGCGGUAACCCCGUCGUCUGGAAGGGCGCACCCACCACCAACCUGUCCUCCAUCGCUGUUACCAAGAUCCUGGAGAAGGUUCUCGUCAAGAACGGUCUCCCCGGUGCCCUCUGCUCCCUAGUUGCCGGAGGUGCCGAUGUCGGCCAGGCCAUGGUCGAGGAUGACCGCGUUAAGCUGCUGUCCUUCACCGGCUCCACUGCCGUCGGUCGCAAGGUCGGCGAGACUGUCGCCAAGCGCUUCGGAAAAUCCCUCCUCGAGUUGGGUGGCAACAACGCCAUUGUAGUCAUGGACGAUGCUGAUCUCGACUUGGCCCUGCGCUCCGUCUUAUUUGCCGCCGUUGGCACUGCAGGCCAGCGCUGUACUACCACCCGCCGCUUGCUCUUGCACGAGAAGAUCCAUGACGAGUUCAUCGAGAAGUUGGUCAAGGCAUACCAAUCCAUUCGUAUCGGCGAUCCCCUCGAGGCCGGUACUUUGUGCGGACCACUCCAUACCAAGGCUGCCGUUGACCUUUACAGGAAGGGUAUCGAGGCUGUCAAGUCCCAGGGCGGCAAGAUCCUCACUGGUGGCAAGGUCCUCGAAGACCGUCCCGGCAACUUUGUCGUGCCCACUAUCACUAGCAUCUCUCCCGAUUCUGAUGUUGUCAAGAACGAGAUCUUUGUGCCCAUCCUCCACACCAUGAAGGUCAAGGACUUGGACCAUGCUAUCCAGAUCAACAACUCUGUCAAGCAAGGUCUUUCGUCCUCGCUCUUCACCCGCAACCCCGCCCAUCUCUUCAAGUGGGUCGGACCCUCUGGAUCGGACUGUGGUAUUGCCAACAUAAACCUGCCCUCAAGCGGUGCCGAGAUUGGUUGCGCCUUUGGAGGCGAGAAGGAGACCGGUGGUGGACGCGAGUCUGGAUCGGAUGCUUGGAAGCAGUACAUGCGUCGCAGCACCUGUGUCAUCAACUACUCUGGCGAGCUUCCUCUUGCCCAGGGCAUCAAGUUUGAGUAA